AUGGAUCCGCACCGUUGGGGUUCAGAGGAGGUUUAUCAUCCAACACCACAAGUUUUCAUGCCAAUGCCGAUAUCUAGUUUUGCUCAAAUGAACGUCGGUACCCACCAACCUUCUCGACCUUCACUCCAUCAUCCACUGCGGAGGAAUGAUAUUGUGUUAUCUAAACGGCGGAACAAUUCAUCGAUUGAGCUCUAUUAUAAUCGUCAGGAUUAUGGCGAUCAGUAUGAAAUGAACAGAAUCAAAGACGAAUUAAGGUCUCGUUUGAAUGGCGGAGCGUUCGGCGCCCUAUCUUAUAAUCAAGUUCAAAACUAUAAUAAGUCUUGUGAUCAGCAUAGCUCAAUGCAACUGGAUGAGUUAAAAUACACUUACGAUAGAAUAAAAGAGAAGAUAGCGCUGAUUACAGACAAUGAUCCAUUUCGUAUUAUGGAAGUUUCGGUUGAUCUUUUACUCCAGGCGUAUGCUCUAUGUUCAUUAAUCCAACAAAAGUCGAAAAGUGGAGAUCAACGCACAACAGUAUCAGCAGCUUUGUCUGAUCGAAAUGGAUCCCGAUUCAGACCAAUAAAUCAAAAUGCAGAUGAUGAACUGUCGAAUACGUCAUUAUCAAAGUUGCUGACCCUCUACAACGAUCGUAAUUAUCCGAAUAAAACUUUGAUACAACAAGAAAUUGAUCAUCGAUGUAUUGAACAUGCAGAUAUUGUCAGACAAUACCCGUCUGUAUUUGAUCAGAUAGUCGAUGAAUGUAGAUAUAAACCGAUCGGUGAACUUCAAACACCUUACUGUUCGUUCAAACCACGAAUAACGCAACAAAUCGAUAUUGACUCGAAAAACAGACUCGUCGUUCAACAAGCAGCUAUUGCUUACCUCAUUCAGCAAAAACAAUAA